ACGACCUGGAAGCAACAUGUCGGGUCUCCCUAAAGCGCAGCAGGUGCAGUAGGAUUCUAGGAAAGUAUUCAUCACAAACCUGCAGCAUCUGAACCUGAGUGACUUCUGUCGGACCGCGCGUGACAAAAUGAUGCACUUCCUGUUGCUGUUCAGUCGGCAGGGGAAGCUGCGACUGCAGAAGUGGUUCACGCCGGUAACGGACCGGGAGAAGAAGAAAGUGAUCCGGGACAUGAUGAUGUUGGUGUUGCCACGUCUACCACGUUCCUCCAACUUCCUCCAAUGGAGGGACCUCAAGAUUGUUUACAAGAGGUAUGCCAGUCUGUAUUUCUGUGCCGGUCUGGAGAACGAGGAUAAUGAGCUGCUGGCCCUCGAGGUGCUGCACAGAUACGUCGAGUUGUUGGAUAAAUACUUUGGAAAUGUGUGCGAGUUGGACAUCAUCUUCAACUUUGAGAAGGCUUACUUCAUCCUGGACGAGUUUCUGAUGGGAGGAGAAGUCUUAGAAACUUCCAAACUAGCUGUGGGCGCCUCCAUAGAGGAGGCCGACACGCUCCAAGAGACGAUGGAGGAAUACAUGAGCAAACCUGCCUACUGAGCCGAGAGACGAGGAGGGUUUUCAAGACUUGAGCCAAAAGGUUUAUGAUCACACGGUCAUACAGUAACCACAA